ACUCACUGUUUGAUUCACGAUCCCCAUUUCCCAUUAACAAUGGUCUCGACAAUGGCCUUAAGGAAAAGAACCCUAGCUCCGAAGCCGUUCUCUGAGGAACCCAAAACCAGAAAGAGCUCCAGAUCAGAGGAAGAUUACAGUGAUGUGUGCUGUGAGAAUUGCGGUUCGGGUGACCGGGCUUCGGAGCUUCUGCUUUGCGAUAAAUGUGACCUGGGAUUUCACCUUUAUUGCCUAAGACCCGUUCUUGUUGCCGUUCCCAAAGGCUCCUGGUUUUGCCCCUCUUGUUCCAAGGACCUCAAGCCCACGGGCUUCCCUCUUGUACAAACCAAAAUCGUUGAUUUUUUCCGCAUUCAGAGGUCUUCACCAUCUGAAGAAAAGCUCAGCCCAGAUAGCCGAAAGAGACGAAGGCGAAAUUCUGGCUUGGUGAUGGCAAAAAAGCGUAGGAAGUUAUUGCCAUUCAAUCCUAGUGAGGAUUAUAUUAGAAGGUUGGAACAAAUGGCAACACUGGCUACGGCAUUAACAGCAACUGAGACACUGUUUGUUAAUGAGCUCACUUAUGUCCCUGGCAUGGCCCCGAGGUCAGCUAAUUGCUCUUCGCUUGAGAGAGAAGGAAUGCAGGUUUUAUCAAAAGAAGAUGCAGAAACCUUGAGUCAGUGCAAGAAUAUGAUGGAACGAGGGGAAUGGCCACCGCUGAUGGUUGUGUUUGAUCCCCUCGAAGGUUGUAACAGAUUCACCGUGGAGGCAGAUAAAUUUAUAAGAGAUUUAACGAUAAUUACAGAAUACGUUGGAGAUGUUGAUUACCUGAAGAAUCGUGAAAACGAUGAUGGAGACAGCAUGAUGACUCUUCUCUCUGCUUCUGAUCCUUCAAAAAGUCUAGUCAUCUGCCCAGACAAACGCAGUAAUAUUGCUCGAUUUAUUAAUGGCAUCAACAAUCAUACACUGGAUGGGAAGAAGAAGCAGAACGUAAAAUGUGUGAGAUUUGAUGUCAAUGGCGAGGGUCGGGUGCUGUUGAUUGCAAGCAGAGACAUUCGAAAGGGGGAAAGAUUGUAUUAUGACUACAAUGGUUAUGAGAACGAAUACCCAACCGAGCAUUUCGUCUGACCAAAAGUUGAAUUCACAAAACAUUUUGAGACUUUCUAGCUCUGCAUUCUCCUGUCUCGUGCAUAUUCUAUUUUUGACCACACCAUCUAAUUUAGCAGAGAAACCGAAAGUCUCUUGUACCAGACAGCCUCUGAUUUAUUAAUUCAAAUUCCUAUGUUUUUAAAAUCAUUUGCAUAUUUCUACUAA